AUGUCCCCUGAUACAGAGGGUCAAUUCUUUUCAGGAGGGCUUGCUCUGCCAAUGCUGCUGGAGUCUGACAAAUGUUGUAUAUGCACACCUGAAACAUAUGGACCCCAGUGUGCCUUCAAAUAUAAUGACUGCGAAGGGGGCUCUCAGAAGCACUGUGGCCACGGCAUCUGUGAAGAUUUGGACCGAGAGCGACCUGGAGUGGCCAACUUCACCUGCAUCUGCGAAGCUGGGUGGACAACUGGGUCGAACGGUAUCUCCUGCACACAGGAUAAAGAUGAGUGUAGCUUCCAGCCUUCGCCUUGUUCGGAACUUGCACAGUGCUUCAACACUCCUGGCUCUUUCUAUUGUGGAGCCUGUCCAACAGGCUGGCAAGGAAAUGGAUAUGAUUGUCAAGAUAUCAAUGAAUGUGAGAUCAACAAUGGUGGCUGUUCUUUGGUUCCACUUGUUGGGUGUGUGAAUACACCGGGAUCUUUCAACUGUGAAAGCUGUCCACCAGGGUAUGUAGGUGAUGGAAGAGUGUGCACUCCCAUAGACAUCUGCUUGAUCAAUAAUGGAGGCUGCCACCCAGAUGCAUCCUGCUCCUCAGCUCUAGGUUCAUUACCUCUUUGCACCUGUCUCCCAGGAUAUACUGGAAAUGGUUAUGGACCAAACGGAUGUGUGCAACUCAGUAAUAUUUGCCUAAGUCAACCCUGCUUACAUGGACAAUGCAUAGACACAGUAUCUAGUUAUUUUUGUCGGUGUGACCCGGGUUGGGCUGGUGUCAACUGCACAGAAAACAUCAAUGAGUGUUCCAGUAACCCCUGUCAGAAUGGGGGAACUUGUAUUGACGGCAUUAAUGCUUUUAGUUGUGAAUGCACAAGUUCCUGGACUGGAUCUCACUGUCAGAUUCCCCAGCAAGUUUGUGGAGGAUCGCUCUCAGAGAUGAAUGGAACAAUCAGCUACAAGAGCCCCGAUGAUGGUUAUGUUCAUAAUGUUAACUGCUUCUGGGUUAUCCGAACUGAAGAGGGAAAGGUCCUGCGUAUCACUUUGAUUUUUUUCCAAUUAGAAUCGGUGAAUGAUUGCCCACAUGAGUUUCUUCAGAUUCAUGAUGGAGAUUCCUCUGCAGCCUUUCCGCUUGGAAGAUUCUGUGGCUCCAGACCCCCUCAGGAAAUCCUCAGCAGUGACAAUGCUCUCUAUUUUCAUCUCUAUGCUGACCAUUUGAGUAAUGGAAGAGGAUUUACAGCAAGAUGGGAAACACAGGAACCAGAGUGUGGAGGUACAGUGACUGGUACUUAUGGUUCUAUCAAGUCUCCGGGGUAUCCUGGAAACUACCCCCCAGGAAGAGAUUGUGUGUGGCAUGUUUUAACAAGUCCUGGACUCCUGAUAACAUUUGCUUUUGGGACCUUGAGCCUGGAGGACCACGAUGAUUGUAGCAAAGAUUACCUGGAGAUUCGAGAUGGUCCUUUGCAUCAGGACCCUGUUCUUGGGAAGUUCUGUACCACACUCUCUGUCCCACCGCUCCAAACGACAGGUCCCUUUGCCAGAAUCCAUUUCCAUUCUGACCUCCUAAUUAAUGACCAAGGCUUCCAUAUCACCUACUUAACAUCACCUUCGGAUCUGCAGUGUGGAGGGCUCUACACAGAGCCAGAAGGCGAGAUCCUCCUUCCUGAUUUGUCUGGGCCUUUUGCUCACAAAAGACAAUGCAUCUACUCUAUAGAGCAGCCUCAGGGAGAGCAAAUACAAAUUAACUUCACCCAUGUGGAGCUGGGAGGCCAGAGCAGCUGUUCUCAGAGUUACAUUGAGGUUCAAGAUCAUGAUAUCUUACUUGGAAAAGUCUGUAACAAUGAAAUCUCUCCCAUUACAUCCACUACUAACACUAUCUGGAUCAGGCUUAUAAUAGAUGAUUCCACCCAAAAGACUGGUUUCAGAGCUGUUUAUCAAGUUGCUUGUGGGGGUGAAUUAACUGGAGAAGGAGUCAUUCGCUCCCCUUAUUAUCCCAAUGUAUAUCCUGGAGAAAGGACCUGUAGGUGGACCAUACGCCAGCCCCAAAGCCAAGUUGUUCUUCUCCAGUUCACUAGCUUUGAAAUUGGAAGUUCUGCCCACUGUGAUACAGAUUAUGUUGAGGUUGGUAGCAGCUCCAUUUUGGGUUCUCCUGAAAAUGAAAAGUACUGUGGCACCAACAUAACUUCAUUAAUAACAUCUGUGUACAAUAUUCUUUAUGUCACAUUUGUGAAAAGUUCUUCUACUGAAAAUCAUGGUUUCAUGGCUAAGUUCAGUACUGAGGAUUUGGCAUGUGGACAAGUUCUUACACAGUCCACAGGAAUCAUUAAAAGUCCUGGUCAUCCAAAUAUCUACCCCAGUGGUAUCAACUGUACCUGGCAUGUACGGGUUCAAUCUGGAAAACGGAUUCGUUUGGUGUUUGACAAGUUUUAUCUAGAGUUUCAUUACAAUUGCUCAAAAGAUUACCUGGAAGUUUAUGACACUGGUUCUGAGACAUUUCUUGGGAGAUUUUGUGGAAAAUCCAUCCUGCCUUCUCUCACCAGCAGUGACAACUCAAUAAUGUUGAUAUUUGUGGCUGACUCUGACCUCGCUUAUGAAGGCUUUACAAUAAAGUAUGAAGCAAUUGAUGCAUCAACAGCAUGCUUGGAAGACUACACAGAUUCCUCUGGGAUGAUAAGUUCUCCAAACUUCCCCAAUAAUUACCCCAAUAACUUGGAAUGCAUUUAUAGGAUCACAGUGGAACCCAAUCAACAGAUUGCAUUGCACUUCACAAACUUCUCCUUGGAGGAAGGCAUUAAUGGAAAUUGCAUAGGAGAUUUUGUAGAAAUCAGAGAUGGAGGCUAUGAAACCUCACCAUCCCUGGGAACAUACUGUGGAUCAAAUCUACCUCCAAGAAUCAUCUCUCACAGUAACAAACUGUGGUUAGAAUUCAAAAGUGACCCGAUAUUCACAGAGUCUGGGUUCUCUGCUCACUGGGAUGGAUCAUUAACAGGUUGUGGAGGCAAUCUUACCACUUCCACUGGCAUAUUCACAUCCCCGAACUACCCAAUGCCCUACUACCACAGCUCUGAAUGCUACUGGUGGUUGAAAUCCAGCCACGGCAGCCCGUUUGAACUGGAAUUCAAAGACUUCCACUUGGAGCAUCAUCCAAACUGCUCUUGGGAUUAUCUGGCGAUCUAUGAUGGCCCAAGUACCAGCUCUCAUCUGUUAACUCAGCUUUGUGGGGAUGAAAAACCGCCUCUGAUCCGUUCUAGUGGAGACAACAUGUUAUUAAAACUGAGGACUAAUGAAGGUCAGCAAGGAGGUGGCUUCGAGGUCAAAUACUGGCAGACAUGUGAGAACGUGGUGAUAGUUAAUCAGACCUACGGCAUCUUGGAGAGCAUAAAUUACCCACAUCCUUACUCUGAAAAUCAGCGUUGCAACUGGACCAUCCAAGCAACAAGGGGCAACACAGUGAACUAUACAUUUUUAGCAUUUGAGUUGGAAGAUCAUACAGACUGCUCCACAGAUUAUUUAGAGCUCUAUGAUGGAUCAAAUCGGAUUGGGCGCUACUGCGGAGCAAACAUUCCCUCGCCAGGGAGUACCACAGGCUCCAAACUUCAAGUGCUGUUCCAUACAGAUGGGGUUGGUCAUCAUGAGAAAGGAUUUCAAAUGCAGUGGUUCAUUCAUGGUUGUGGUGGAGAGUUAUCAGGAGCCACGGGCUCCUUCAGCAGCCCCGGGUAUCCUGACGGGUAUCCACCCAGCAAGGAGUGCCUCUGGUACAUUAGCACUGCCCCAGGGAGCAGCAUUCAGCUCACCAUCCAUGACUUCGAUGUGGAAUAUCAUGCGACCUGCAGCUAUGACAUCCUGGAGGUCUAUGGAGGCCCUGAUUUCUACUCUCCCAGAUUAACCCAGUUGUGCUACCAGCGAUCAUCUGUGAACCCCAUGCAGGUCUCCAGCACUGGAAAUGCACUAGCCAUCCGAUUUAAGACCGACAGCUCCAUAAAUGGGAGAGGCUUCAAUGCCUCAUGGCAAGCAGUCCCUGGAGGUUGUGGUGGGAUUUUCCAGGCUCCCAAUGGAGAAAUCCAUUCUCCCAAUUACCCCAGUCACUAUAGGAGUAACACUGAAUGUUCUUGGGUCAUUCAAGUUGAGAAAAAUCACCACGUUCUCUUGAACUUCACUGACUUUGAUCUUGAACCUCCAGACUCUUGCAUUUUGACGUAUGAUGGUGUCAGCUCUGCAAGCAGCCGCCUUGCCAGGGUGUGUGGAAGACAGCAGCCGACUAACCCCAUCAUCUCUUCGGGGAGCAGCCUCUUUGUGAGAUUUCAGUCUGGCCCUUCCAGACAGAGCAGGGGCUUCCAAGCUAAAUUCAGGCAAGAGUGUGGAGGCCGCAUCCUCACUGACUCUUUUGAUACUAUUUCCUCUCCAUUGUUCCCUGCCAAGUAUCCAAACAAUAAAAACUGCAGCUGGAUCAUUCAAGCUCAACCUCCGUUCAAUCAUAUUACUCUCUCCUUUACCCACUUUGGACUUGAAAGCAGUACAAGAUGCACACACGACUUUCUAGAAGUUUUGGAUGGCGAUUACUAUGAUGCACCCCUCCGAGGCCGUUACUGUGGCACCUCCAUGCCCCACCCCAUCACGUCCUUUGGCAGUGCCCUGACGCUGAGGUUCGUCUCUGAUUCCGCACUGAAUUUUGGUGGUUUUCAUGCCACGUAUGCUGCAUCCACAUCGGGCCUGCAUCUAGAAUAUAGUCAAGAUGAUCUGUAUUGUAAUGACCCACUUACUGGGAUCAUGAGAGCCACCAACUCUGUUUUUCUGGUUAAGAGAUUUACCAGUGCUGGUAUCUGGUUUGAGAAGCAGGGAUCUUUCCAGUUGGAAGACUCUCAGAACUGUAGCAGAGAUUUUGUGGAGAUACGGGAAGGAAAUGCCACGGGUCCCUUGGUGGGACGAUACUGUGGAAACUUCCUACCACUCAAUUAUUCAUCUGUUUUGGGGCAUAUUCUGUGGAUCAGAUUUGUCUCGGAUGGCUCAGGCAGUGGAAUGGGCUUCCAAGCUACAUUUGCUAAGAUAUUUGGCAAUGAUAAUAUUGUGGGAACUCAUGGGAAAAUCGCCUCUCCCUUCUGGCCAGCAAAUUACCCCCACAACUCCAACUACAAAUGGACAGUAAGUGUGAAUGCAUCUCAAGUUAUCCAGGGGAGAAUCUUGGAGAUGGACAUUGAAGCAACUCACAACUGCUAUUAUGACAAACUAAGGAUUUUUGAUGGGUUCGAUAUUCAUUCCAUCCUAAUUGGAACUUACUGUGGUACCCAGCCUGAAACUUUUAGCUCCAGUAGAAAUUCUUUGACAUUUCAGUUUUCUUCAGACUCUUCAGUUUCAGGGAAGGGAUUCCUCCUGGAGUGGUUUGCAGUAGAUGUUCCUGCUGGACCUUUGCCUACCAUUGCUGCAGGUGCUUGUGGAGGGUUCCUGAGGACUGGAGAAGCGCCACUCUUUCUUUUCUCCCCAGGCUGGCCUAGAAGCUACAGUAAUGGGGCCGAGUGUACCUGGCUCAUCCAGGCUCCUGAUUCUACUGUGGAACUCAACAUCCUCUACAUGGAUGUUGAAUCUCACUCAGCCUGUGGCUAUGAUAGCCUUGUGAUAAGAGAUGGUGAGAAAAAUUGGAAAGGCUGUGGUGGAUAUUUGCAUGCAGACAGAGGGAUUAUCACAUCCCCCAAGUACCCAGAGACUUACCCUCCCAACCUCAACUGCUCCUGGCACGUUUUGGUCCAGAGUGGUCUGACCAUCGCUGUCCAUUUCGAACAGCCCUUCCACAUCCCAAAUGGAGAUUCUUCUUGCCGCCAAGGGGAUUACCUGGUGCUAAAAAAUGGACCUGAUAUCUAUUCUCCACCUUUGGGACCCCAUGGAGGAAAUGGUCGUUUUUGUGGCAGUCAUCCUUCAUCAACUCUGUUCACCUCAGAUAAUCAAAUGUUUGUUCAGUUUAUUUCUGACAGUAGUAAUGGAGGGCAAGGAUUUAAGAUCAGAUAUGAGGCAAAGAGUCUAGCCUGUGGGGGCAAUAUCUACAUCCAUGAUGCUGAUUCUGCUGGAUAUGUGACCUCCCCCAACUACCCUGGCAAUUAUCCGCAGCAUGCGGAUUGCAUUUGGAUCAUAGCUGCUCCUCCGGGAAAAGCUAUAAGGUUGCAGUUUGAAGAUCAAUUCAAUAUCGAAGUAACACCCAAUUGUUCUUCUAGUUACCUUGAGUUGCGGGACGGAGUUGAUUCAAAUGCUCCAGUACUUUCCAAAUUUUGUGGGAUGUCUUUGCCCAGCAGCCAGUUGUCCUCAAGAGAGGUUAUGUAUUUGAGAUUUCGGUCUGACAAUAGCUCCACUCACAUGGGAUUCAAGGCCAAGUAUUCUAUAGCCCAGUGUGGAGGAACAGUAACAGGGCAAAGUGGCAUCAUUGAAAGCAAUGGAUACCCACAUCUUCCCUAUCCAAAUAAUGUAUUCUGUCAGUGGCAUCUCCAGGGCCUCUCAGGACACUAUCUCACCAUCCAUUUUGAAGAUUUUAACCUUCAGAAUUCCUCUGGCUGUGAAAAAGACUUUGUGGAGAUCUGGGAAAAUCAUACUUCGGGAAAUGCUUUGGGCAGAUACUGUGGAAGUGCCAUUCCUGAUGACAUAGACACUUCUAGCAAUGUUGCUUCGGUCAGGUUUGUCACAGAUGGUUCCGGCAUUGCCCCAGGGUUCAGGCUGCGGUUUGAAUCCAGCAUAGGAGUGUGUGGUGGGGAUCUACAGGGCCCAACUGGAACAUUCUCUUCUCCCAACUACCCGAACCCAAAUCCUCAUGGCCGAAUCUGCGAGUGGAGAAUCACUGUGCAGGAAGGAAGGCAGAUCAGCCUAACUUUUAACAACCUGCGGCUAGAAGCUCAUCCAUCCUGCAGUGCUGAGCAUGUGACUGUAUUCAAUGGCAUUAGGAAUAACUCACCCCAGUUAGAGAAACUGUGCAGUAGUGUGAAUAUAAGCAAUGAGAUAAAAUCUUCAGGAAACACAAUGAGAGUGGUGUUUUUCACGGAUGGAUCCCAACCAUAUGGAGGUUUCAUUGCUUCCUACACAUCCAGCGGAGACGCAGUGUGUGGCGGGUCUCUGACCAACAACCCUGAAGGGAACUUUACUUCUCCUGGCUACAACGGAGUCAGUAAUUACUCAGGAAACCUGAACUGUGAAUGGACUCUCAGCAAUCCGAAUCAGGGAAAUUCCUCCAUUUACAUUCAUUUUGAGGAUUUUUCCCUCGAAAGUCACCAAGACUGUCAAUUUGAUGCCCUUGAGUUUCGAGUGGGUGAUGCUGAUGGUUCCCUAAUAGGGAGAUUCUGUGGCCCAAAACCUACCCUGCCAUUGGUUAUACCUCAUCGGCAGGUGUGGAUACAAUUUGUUACCAAUGAUCGCAUGGAAUAUCCUGGAUUCCUCAUAAAGUAUUCCUUUACAGAUUGUGGAGGAAUACAGACAGGUGAGAGUGGAGUGAUUACAAGCCCCAACUACCCAGACUCUUAUGACAGCUUCACCCACUGUUCUUGGUUGUUGGAAGCCCCUCCAGGACACACCAUCACCCUUACAUUCAGUAGCUUUGAUGUUGAAAGACAUGUAGCUUGUGCCUGGGACUCCGUCACUGUCAGGAAUGGUGGCUCCCCUGGAUCACCUAUCAUAGGACAGUACUGUGGAGAGUCAAACCCAGAGACAAUACAGUCUGGUUCCAACCAGCUCGUGGUGAUUUUUAACUCUGACCAUUCAGUACAAAAAGGUGGAUUUUAUGCUACAUGGAGCACACAGACUUUAGGUUGUGGUGGAAUAUUUCAUUCAGAUAAUGGCACAAUCAGUUCCCCUCACUGGCCUCAGGAUUUUCCUGAAAACAGCAGAUGUUCCUGGACAGUCAUUACUCACGAAAGUAAACACUGGGAGAUCAGCUUUGACGGAAACUUCCGAAUCCCCAGCAGUGAUGGACAGUGUCAGAACAGCUUUGUGAAGGUGUGGACAGGAACUGAAGAGACCAACAACGCCCUGUUGGCCACAAACUGUGGGAACAUGGCUCCCAGGACCAUUAUUACACCAACAAAUGCAUUCAGGGUCGUCUUCCAGUCUCAGGAAGAGCCAGCCCAGGGUUUCUCCGCAUCCUUCGUAAGCCGAUGUGGACGUAAUUUCACUGGCUCUACAGGUAACAUCAUUUCUCCAAACUUCCCAAGGCCGUACGACAACAAUAUGAACUGCACCUAUAUCAUAGAAGCUAAUUCUCAGUCUCUGGUUGUCUUGACAUUUGUGUCUUUCCACUUGGAAGCUCGCUCAGCCAUCACCGGGAGCUGUGAGAAUGAUGGCCUGCACAUUGUCAGAGGUCGAAGUCUCUCCUCCACAUCUGUUGCCACCGUGUGUGGUGAUGAGACCUUGGAUCCUAUCACCCUGACUGGUCCCAUGCUGCUGAACUUCUACUCCAACGCACACACCCCGGACCUGGGAUUCAAGCUUUCCUACAGGAAACUCUCCUGUGGAGGAACGUUCAACUCUACCGGGGUCAUCAGGAGUCCUUUCUACUUGUAUUCCGACUACCCCAACAAUCUCUACUGUGUGUACAACAUCACUGUGAGAAACAACAGAGUGGUUCUGCUCAAGUUUGGAGAUUUUAACGUGGCUCUGUCCGCCUUCUGCUCUCACGACUACCUGGCGGUGUAUGAUGGUCCCAACAUGAGCGAUCCCCUUCUUGGAAAAUUCUGCGGUUCCAAGCUCCCCCCAAUUGUUAAGAGCAGCAAUAACAGCAUGGUCCUGGUAUUUAAGACAGAUUCUGUUCAAACAGCAAGAGGCUGGAGGGCAGUUUUCCAGGCGACAUUAGGGCCGCAACACGGAUGUGGCGGUUAUCUGACAGUUUCCAAUGGUACCUUUGUCUCUCCUGAUUCUGAUUCAAAUGGAAAAUAUGACAAAGGCUUAAGCUGCACAUGGUUCAUAAUAGCACCUGUAAACAAACUCAUUCAACUCACCUUCAAUACGUUUGCUCUGGAGACAAUGACCAAUUCACAACAGUGCCUUUAUGAUUAUGUCAAGAUCUAUGAUGGGGAGAGUGAAAACAACCGUUUGGCCGCAACGUUCUGUGGUUCCACCAUACCUGCUCCUUUUAUCUCUUCCGGUAACUUCCUCACAGUUCAAUUUGUCAGUGACCUGACUCUAGAAAGAGAAGGAUUUAAUGUUACAUAUACCUUCGUGGACAUGCCUUGUGGUGGAACAUACAACGCAACUUGGACCCCACAAAAUACUUCGUCACCCUAUUUAUCAAACCCGAGUGUUCCAUUGUCCACCUGUACUUGGGUCAUUGAAGCCCCUCCCCACCAGCAGGUGAAGAUAACUGUGUGGGCACUUCAGCUACACUCGCAAGACUGUGCACAGAACUACUUAGAGGUUCAGGACUUGCCAGAGGGUGAUGGAAGAGUCCAUUUCUGUGGCAGAAAUCUUACAGCUCUGCCCGAGUUUUAUUCCUCCACAAGCACUGCCAUGGUGGUUUUCAAAUCUGAAGUUCUAAACAGCAACUCUAGAGUGAGCUUCACCUAUCAGAUUGCAGACUGCAACAGACAAUACAACAGAGCAUUUGGCAAUCUGAAGAGUCCUGGAUGGCCUGAUAAUUAUAAUGAUAACCUGGAUUGCACUAUAAUUCUCACAGCCCCGCAGAACCAUGCCAUUACCCUCUUUUUUCAUUCGUUUGAUAUCGAGGACUCAAGCAACUGUGCACAUGAUUUCUUGGAGGUAAGAAAUGGAAGUAGUAGCAGUUCACCACUACUUGGCAAGUAUUGUGGAACUCUGCAGCCAAACCCCAUCUUCUCUCAAAACAAUGAACUGUAUCUACGAUUUAAGAGCAAUAAUAUAAUUUCCAGUCAUGGAUAUGAAAUUAUCUGGGCCUCAUCACCCUCUGGCUGCGGUGGGACUCUUUAUGGAGACAGUGGCUCCUUUACCAGCCCUGGCUAUCCCAGCACGUACCCAAACAACACUCACUGCGAAUGGACUCUCAUUGCUCCUGCUGGAAGACCUGUCACCGUCAGCUUUUACUUUAUCAGCAUUGAUGAUCCAGGAGACUGCGUCCAGAACUAUCUCAUACUCUAUAAUGGGCCAAAUGCCACUUCUCCAUCCUCUGGACCGUAUUGUGGAGCAGAUACUAACAUAGCUCCCUUUGCGGCUUCCUCAAAUCAAGUCUUCAUAAAAUUCCAUGCUGAGUAUGCAGUGUAUCCAUCUGCAUUCCGGUUAACGUGGGACAGCUGAUGGCGCAUGGGUUUCCUCUGUCCUUUGGCUCUGCUGCAGGGAGCUUCAGACAUCACACUGGACAGAACUAUGCCAUCCUGGACUCCUGCCCAUGCCACUGAUCAUAAGUUGAACUUUUAUGGUUUUCACCAAAGAAUGUGUGGAAUUGCUAUUUGUAUAUUAGUGUUCUUUUUUUUUUUGAAUGUAAAAUAAUAACUUUUUGAGUUUUGGCUGUGCACACCUUUCUUUUAAUUUUUGAGCUGAAACUUUUUAAAAGUCUUAAAAGGGUUAAAAAUAUUACGUAAAUUAAAAAAUUAAUAUACAAUGAAAGAAUGAUUUUCACUGUGAAUGUCAAAUUAGAGGUAAUAAACAUUAUUGAAUUGUACCACGA